CCCCCAGUGUCCGCCCCGCUGGGACCCCGACCUCUCGGACCCAUAGCCCCUCCCGGACCCCAGACUCUCAGACCCCCGGCCCCUGACCCCUGACUCCUGGACCCCCGAACCCCCGGAGCUGCGGACCCCAGUCCCUCGGACCCACAGCUCCUCCCAGCCUCUGAUCCUUGACCCUCGGACCCCGGCAUCCCACCCCGCCAGGACUCCGGAAUCCCGGGUCUCGGCCGCCGCACUAGGUCACCUCCCUGUUCCCAGUGUCCCGUUACACACUCCCGGGUACACUGCCGACCUGGCUCUGAGAGAAAGGACAGGAUGCCGUGUCUCCUGGGCACGUCAGACUUUGAUCCCAGCGCAGGCUUCGGCGGUCGCCGUGGAUCAGGAGCCUAAAAGCUUUGGUUCGAGACAAUAAGAGACGUGGGAUGAGGAUCCAGUGACAGGACGCAGUUCUGCCCGGGGAUUCUGAAGAUAAAACGCUGUGAAAGUGGAAUUCAUGGUCGUGCAAGCCGAGCCCCUGUUCAGAGAUGUCAGGCGUCCGACCCCCGAUCAUGAACGGGCCCAUGCACCCCCGGCCCCUGGUGGCGCUGCUCGACGGCCGGGACUGCACGGUGGAGAUGCCCAUCCUGAAGGACGUGGCCACCGUGGCCUUCUGUGAUGCGCAGUCCACACAGGAGAUCCACGAGAAGGUGCUGAACGAGGCGGUGGGCGCGCUCAUGUACCACACCAUCACGCUGACGCGGGAGGACCUGGAGAAGUUCAAGGCACUCCGGAUAAUUGUGCGGAUCGGCAGCGGCUUCGACAACAUCGACAUCAAGUCGGCCGGGGAUUUAGGCAUCGCUGUCUGCAACGUGCCGGCAGCAUCCGUGGAGGAGACUGCCGACUCCACCAUGUGCCACAUCCUGAACCUGUACCGCAGGACCACCUGGUUGCACCAGGCACUGCGGGAGGGCACCCGGGUCCAGAGCGUCGAGCAGAUCCGGGAAGUGGCCUCCGGAGCCGCCAGGAUCCGCGGGGAGACCUUGGGCAUCAUCGGACUGGGUCGCGUGGGGCAGGCGGUGGCGCUACGGGCCAAGGCGUUCGGCUUCAACGUGCUAUUCUACGACCCCUACCUGUCGGACGGCACGGAGCGGGCGCUGGGGCUGCAGCGGGUCAGCACCCUGCAAGACCUGCUGUUCCACAGUGACUGUGUGACCCUGCACUGUGGCCUCAACGAGCACAACCAUCACCUCAUCAACGACUUCACCGUCAAGCAGAUGAGACAAGGGGCCUUCCUGGUGAACACGGCCCGGGGCGGCCUGGUGGACGAGAAGGCCCUGGCCCAGGCGCUGAAGGAGGGGCGGAUACGCGGUGCGGCCCUGGACGUGCACGAGUCGGAGCCCUUCAGCUUCAGCCAGGGCCCCCUGAAGGAUGCGCCCAACCUGAUCUGCACCCCCCAUGCGGCCUGGUACAGCGAGCAGGCGUCCAUCGAGAUGCGUGAGGAGGCGGCCCGUGAGAUCCGGAGAGCCAUCACAGGCCGGAUCCCAGACAGCCUGAAGAACUGCGUCAACAAGGACCACUUGACGGCUGCCACCCACUGGGCCAGCAUGGACCCGGCCGUUGUGCACCCUGAGCUCAAUGGGGCCGCCUACAGCAGGUACCCCCCAGGCGUGGUGGGCGUGGCCCCCAGCGGCAUCCCGGCUGCCGUCGAAGGCAUUGUCCCCAGCGCCAUGUCCCUGUCCCAUGGCCUGCCCCCCGUGUCCCACCCACCCCACGCCCCUUCUCCCGGCCAAACCGUCAAGCCCGAGGCAGAUCGAGACCACGCGAGUGACCAGUUGUAGCCCGGGCAAGUUCUGCAGCCUUGGUCGGUGGGGCUGUGCCCUCGGACAGGCGGGUGCAGAGGUGGCCUGCAGGUGGCCACGCGCUCCAGAGACUGUCCAGGCUCUGGGUGGCCGAGAGGCGGCGCCCAGCCUCCCCGCGUUGACUGUAGUUGUCCCGUCCCGAAGGCCGGCUGCUGCCCUGUGUCCUUUGCGUCCUCGUUAAGCAAGAGAAGUUAGUAGUUAACCCUCUCAUGAAUGUCCGUGUCCGUGACCAGUCUCUAGAACAUCACAAAGGAUUUGUUUGCUUAGCUGUCAGCCGGAGAGCCGAGGGAGGCCCUCAGCAAGUCCGUGUCAGGUUAUUUUUCCUUUUGUAUGUUGGAACGGGCCUGGAAUGAGGCAGUUGGCAAACUUCUCAGGACAAUGAAUCCUUCCUGUUUUUCUUUCUACGCCACACAGUGCA